GAAGGAGUAAUUUCUUUUCUCAUACAUUAUUUUGCUUCUUUCAUGGAUGCACUUGGUUAUUAUUUAUUGAUGAGGAGAGCCCCUUUUUUCCUCAUGCAUCUUCUUCUUGGACCAGAAAAGUCACACGUAUAGGUCCCCAUCACCUUCUUCCGUAUCCAAAUAAUGGAGGAAAACCAGUGGGGGAAGUGCUCUUCUUCCCAUAUGGAAAUGGAGGAUGAGGUGUUGAAUGAAUGUUUGUGCCAGACGAACCCCAUUGAUGAAGAGUUUUUAAGAGAUAUUCUGCAGCAGCCGCAAGAGGGUCCAGAUCUUAAUACUUUUGGUGGUGCUGAUAAGUUGAUGAUGAAGAACACCAAUUCAUCCAUGAUGAAUCUUUGUGGUGAAAAUAAGAACAAGCCAACCACAUCUCCGACCACCUAUGUUCUGUCUUUUGACAAAUCCGCUGAUCCUCAUCCUCUGUCUGCUUGGAAAGAUGUCUCCCACAACUUGCCUUUGUCCUCAGCAAGGACCAACCAGGGAACCAAGAAAACUCGAAGCGCUUCUGAAUCAAUGGAUCACAUCAUGUCAGAGAGAAAGAGGAGACAGGAACUCACCAGAAAAUUCAUAGCACUUGCUUCCACUAUCCCUGGCUUGAAGAAGAUGGACAAGGCACAUGUACUAAGAGAAGCAAUAAAUUACGUGAAGCAACUGCAAGAACGUGUGGAAGUGCUAGAAGAAGAUAUCCAGAAGAACGGUGCAGAAUCAGCGAUCACCAUAACAAGAUCUCAUCUCUGCAUUGAUGACACAAAGAGUGAUGAAUGGUAUGGGUCCAAUGAAGCAGUUCCUGCUGAAGUUGAAGCCAGAGUCCUAGGGAAGCAAGUGUUGAUCAAAAUUCACUGUGGAAAACAAAAGGGUAUUCUGCUCAAAAUAUUGUCUCAGCUUGAGCGUCUUCAUCUCUUCAUAUCCACUAGCAAUGUCUUGCCACUUGGAAGUACCAUUGACAUCACCAUCAUUGCUCAGAUGGGUGAUGAAUACAAGAUGGUAGUGAAGGAUCUAGUGAAAGAACUGAGACAAGUGGCUAUGAUGAAGUCAUGUGCGUCACAGUGACGAGUCCACUCAUUUUAGUUUAAGGACUUCAGAAUCACAACUUAUGAAGCCGUUUUACUUUAAUUCAAUGGCUUCUUUUGUUUUAUGUUGAGCCAAUAAAAUUUUAUUUAUGUUUGGUCCUGUUAACUAUUAA